AUGUCGGGUAGCUCAAGAUUUCAAAGCAAAAAGAGAAUUCCUUGGACAGAACAGGUAUAUAGAUUUACAAAAAUAGGAGGAUGACCUCUUGCAAUCAUUUGUUAAUAUAUAUAUCAAUCAAAAACAAGCCUGGAGUAAAAUAUCAGAAGAGCUUCUCAAAAAAGGGUAUUUAAGGAAUCCUAAGGAUUGCAGAGAAAGAUUUUAAAAUUACCUUGACUCAAAAUUCAAUAAGAAUAAAUUGACUAAACAUGAGGUUGAUAAACUUUUUGAGCUCAUUUCGAUAUAUGGGAAUAAAUGGGUAUAAUUUACUUAUAAUUAGACUUGCAUUGCAGAAAAACUCAAUAAUAGAACUGAUUAGGAUGUCAAGAAUUAAUUUUAUGCCUUUGUGAAGAAGGUUUAUAGGAGAUUAUUGAAAGCAUCUCUAUCUAAUGAUCAAAAGAAUAAAAGUAAUCAUAUCUUCUAUCAAUUAAGGUUCCUAAAUUACAGCUUCUUUGCGACCUAUACUAAUUUCAAAUAUAUUUAGUAAAAAUAACAACAAUCAAAAAUACCCCAAUAUUUCAACAGAAAUGAAAGAAUUAUUCAUAAAGUUAAUUACUAAAAACAGAUCAAUUGAAAUAGGAGAUUAACUAGAAGAAGAUGAAAAAAAGUAAGUUAUAUAUUUAUCAGAUUAUUUAUAAAAAGAAAAGUAAAUUAUUUUAAAUGUUAUUUUAGUUUGUUUUAUCUCUAAAAUUAAAAUCAAAGAAGAAGUUUCAAUUAAAAGAUCUCUACUAAAACAAAAAUAAAAGAUUAAAUACAAUAGCAAAAAAUUAUUAAAAGAAUCAAAAAAUAGAAACACAUUUUUUUGAUUAAUAAUUAGAACUUUCUCUUUAAACUCAAAAUGAAUCAUUAAAAUGAAAUUACUGCUGCUGAUGAUUUAUAAUAAUUUGAACCACCCUAAAUUAUUUCCAGACCUCCUUUUUAGUAUUUCAAUUCCUCAAAUAAAUUUAAUUAAUUAUAUGUAAGAUAAUAAUUAAAAUUAAGUCUAAUGUGUAAGAUUAUCCAGAUACUUCUUAAGGGGAGCCAUUUUAAGAUACAAAUCAUCAUAAACCAAUAUGGGAUUGA